AUGUCUAUUACAAACAUAUAUCGUCAAUAUGGCAAAUGGUUUGGCCUCUUAAUUUUGAUAAUUGAAUCAAUUUUACUUGGAGGAAAUAUUUUCGGUUUUUCUGCUCUCUUUGAUAUAUUGCCAAAAUAUGAUAUCUAUUCAAAUUUAUGUACUAAUAAAAGUGAGCUAGAUACUUCGAAUGUCAUGAAUCAAACAAGUACUAACGAUUGUGGUCCGCGAACAGAGCAAUAUAAGCUUGCUUUAACUGUUGGCAUUUGGUUUUAUAAUCUAAUGCCAUUUUUUCUUGGACUUUUAAUAAAUUAUUUCGAAUCUCGAUUUGUUAAACUUAUCGCCAUAAUUUUUCAUAUAGUCGGAUGGCUUACUUUAGCUUUUGUAAAACCAGGUAGAGAUUAUCUUCUAUUCCUUCAUACUGUUUUUACGUCGAUUUCGUCGUCCGUUAUUCUUAUAACUGGUUUUGCCUAUUGUCGUUAUUUUAAUGAUGGCGUUCGUGCUGUUGUUUCUUCAAUAAUUUCAGGUGCAUCGAUCUCGUCGACAAUGUGGUUUUCAAUUUUUCAAGUAUUAAUCACUGACAAUCGAAUCAGUCUAAAAGUACUUUCAAUUAUAUGGACAACUUUUGGUGUAAUAAUGUUUGUUACGGCUUGCUUCUUCAUGGAUUGGAAAUUUCAAUUCUUGAAUUUACCAUAUAAAUUUGCCACCAAUUCCAACGCAAACAUAGAACCAACACAACCUCACGAAUCAAAUGUGGAUAAUAUGACUUGGUAUCAACGCAUAAUCAAACGUGUUGGUGUAUGGGAACAUUUAUUGAGUCCAGUUUACAUAUUGGUGGUACUCUACUUGAGUUUUCUUCUAUUACCAGCAGUAUUUCUACCUGUCACUUGGUUUCCCUGGGUAUGGUAUGUAACAAAUGAAAAUGAAGCUCUUUAUCCUAAACAACGAAUCUUCAAUAUUGCAUUAAUGCAAACAAUAACAUGGUUUAUGGCUGUAGCAGUAUGCAUCAUUCGUAUGUUCAAUACGGAAGGUUGUGUAAUAGCUGCGAUAAUUCUCAAUUCCAUUGAACGUGCACUCAUUGCUGGUGGUUGUCAAGCUGUUGUUGCAUCAUUUUUUCCAACCGAAUAUCUUGGUACUUUAACUGGAGUUUUAUGGACAUCGGCUGCCAUAAUUUCUUCUAUACAGUAUGGUCUUUUACCACUUACUGAAGCUGUCGAGAAAAGUUGGCGAGCAUGGGCAAUUAUUUUGGGUCUUGUCAUAGUGAUGGCAUCUCAUUGGAUACACAUGUGGUAUAAGUUUUUCGUAGAACAUUCAAAUGUUGUGAAUCCUAUAAACGAGGUACCAUUGCAAGAAAAUCAAGCCAACGGUCAUUUUAAAAACGACGCCUAUGACAAUGAAAUAACAGAAGAUGAUCCAACUAGAUUAUAA